AUGUCACUGACCCGGGAGGAUUUCGGGCAGGUGUGCAAGGACCACCCCGAGAAUCGGGAACAGCUGCGCAGGCACUUCGUCAGGUACGCGGUCAUCCGGGGCAUCAUCGUCUACGCCCAGCAGAGGCGUGAGCGGACCAUGCAGGCCAUGCAGAAGCACGUUCCCAGCCUGGUCUCGCACGAGUCGCACGGGGCCGAGCAGUACAACCACCACGUCAGGAGAGCGAGGCAUGAGUUGACAAAGAAAACCCUGGAAUGGAAGGGGAACGUCGACUCACUGGAGGCCACCGGCAGCACCGACGGCCUCUGCAUCGAGCAGCGGAUCCCCUCCCUCCGCCGCGGCUUGCCCCAGAGGCUCUCUCCGCGGGGGGCGGCGGCGGCGGUGCCGCCGCUGCUGCUGGGGAGGGAGUGCUCCAUCGGCCGGCAGUGCUCAUUGCGGUCCCUGCACUCGUCGCACACGGCCAUGGCGCACCUCCCCUCGAUCAUGGAGCCGAAGGCCGCGCCGCGGGGGCCCGCCGACGACGACGCCGAGGCCUCCCGCGCGUCGCCGCCGGGGCCCCUCCGGCGGGCGGGCGAGCCGCCGGAGCCCGACGGCGCCGCGGGGCCCUCGUCGGCCCGGGCGCGGCGGCUGUGCGGCAGGGCCCCGCUGGAGGCCGUCGAGGACCGCCUGACUCAGCGCAUUGAGGCAUUGGCGCAACAGGUGUCGCAACUGCAGGCCAGCGUCCAGCUGCUGGUGGCGCAGGGCGCUGGCGUGCCCCCGCCUGGGCCGCGGGACGCCUGCCGCCACCCGCUCCAGCAGGGACCGGACGCGUGCCCCCUGCCUGGGCCUACAGCAGGAGCCCCCGAGAGCUGCAGGGGCGGCGGCUCGGAGGAGGAGCUCUGCAUCGCGGUCUGA